GAUGAAAAGAGGGGUUCCGGACCCCUCCCCAUGGAUCCAGCUCUGAGAUGAAUUAACGAAUUGACGUUGGUAACACUGGCACCUACACUGUACCUCGCGCUAUGGUGAAGUAAGACAAGCUGAUGGUUAUGUUGUUGCAAAGUUGAAAGAAUGUCAGUAAAAAGACCUCAGCUGUCCUGCCAUGAUUGGAUUGUGUUACACACCUCUCUCCUUGAGGAAGAGAGGAAAGCAGAAGUCUCAGCUGCUCAAACACAGGUUGAAGGAGUAUCAGUGAAGACUUUAGAAGCACGAGGGAUAGUUUUAGCUCGCCUGGUGAUCAAGGAGAGGUCAACUGGACUAUAUGGGCGGCCACUGUUUACUCUUGUUCCAUCUAAGAAGGAUGCCAUAUUGCCAGCAAACAACUUUUCUUCAGGUGAUAUUGUGGGUGUACGUGUUUUUGGUUCAGAGCAAGACAACCAAGUAACAACAGCUAUUGUGACAUAUGUUUCUCAGGCAUUGAUCCGAAUUGUUAUUGAUGAGGGUGCGGAUGAAUUGGACACUCUUGGUGAUGAUGUACUGCUGCAGCUACACAAACUAGCUAAUGAUGUAACAUAUCGAAGGAUUAAAUCAGGACUGGUUGAGCUUGAAAAACAGAUUAGUGGUCCAUCUUCACAUUUAGUGUCAGUUUUAUUUGGGGAGACAACACCUAGAUCUACAGCACCUUCCCUGCCACCGCAGCUAACUCGGACAGAUGGCAAAUUGACCCUCUAUAAUCAGAAACUGGACAGUUCUCAAGAAGAGGCAGUGCAAUUUGCUAUUCAGAGAAGUGAUUUAGCAGUCAUUCAUGGCCCACCAGGCACUGGCAAGACAACAACUGUGGUUGAAGUUAUUCGGCAACAUGUGAAAUUGAAAUCUAAGAUUCUAGCCUGUGCUCCAUCCAACCUUGCUGUAGAUAAUUUGGUGGAACGACUUGCAGUUGCUGGUGUACGUAUAGUACGUUUAGGUCAUCCAGCACGUGUUACACAGCUCACCCAGAGAUAUACACUUGAUGCAGCUUUGUUUCAAAGUGAUGAAUCACAAAUUCUGGGAGAUAUUCGACAAGAUAUAAGUGACCAGCUGGGGAAGUUAAAGAAGGCUAAAGACAAAGGCAAGAGAUACCAUAUUAGAAGUGAAAUAAAAACAUUCAGAAAGGAACUUCGUGAAAGAGAGACUCGACUGAUCCGGCAGGUGCUUUUGAACUGUGACGUGAUCCUGGUAACCCUGACCAGUAGCAGCAAUGAUGGGCCCCUUAAAUUUUUGCCCCCAGAACACUUUGAUCUGGUGGUUAUUGAUGAGUGCUCACAGGCGAUAGAGGCUGCAUGCUACAUGGCCCUUCUCCGUGCACCAAAGCUAAUCAUCGCAGGUGAUCACUGCCAGCUGCCUCCAACCAUUGUUUCGCCUGAGGCUGCAGCAAAAGGUCUUGAGCACUCACUCAUGGAGAGAAUUAUAGAUCAGUGUGGGGAAGAUGUUGUGAGAAUGCUUACAGUUCAGUACAGAAUGAACAACCUCAUCAUGCAGUGGGCAUCUUCAGCUAUGUACCAGAACCGCUUGGUUGCCCAUCCAUCAGUUGCCAGCCAUCUUCUCAACCAAUUGAAGGAUGUCAAAACCAGUGAAGAUACAGAAAGUGCUUUGGUACUGAUUGACACAGCUGGUUGUGAGUGCUGGGAGUUGGACACUUCGGAUGACCAGAGUAAAGGGAACAGGAGUGAAGCCAUCAUAGCCAGCCACCAGGUUAAAACUCUUAUAUCUGCAGGUGUACCUGAGAAUGAUAUUGCCGUCAUCACCCCAUACAACUUACAGGUUGAACUGGUGCGCAGCCUUCUUCGAACUGAUCACCCUGGCGUGGAAGUGCGGUCGGUUGAUGGCUUUCAGGGACGAGAGAAAGAGGCAGUCAUUAUGUCUCUUGUUCGUUCUAACAAACAAGGUAUGGUGGGAUUCUUAAGUGAAGAUCGUCGACUAAAUGUGGCAGUGACUCGAGCAAGGCGACACCUGACUGUUGUUUGUGAUACUGAUACAGUUAGCAAGCAUGCCUUCCUUAAGAGCUUCACAGAUUAUGUAUCGCAACAUGGUCAGGUCAGGACAGCACAUGAAUAUCAGCAUGAAUUGGAGACAACUGAAGUGGAAACACCAGAAUGUAUUGUGUGGAAGCCAAAAACUGAGAAGAAAGAAAGACCCAAACAACCAUAUUCAAAGAACAAGAGACAGGAUAAACCAAAUGAUAAGAAAAAAUAUGAACCACCAAGUGAGGAAGAAAAUAUUAGAAGAAAGAAAGAAUAUGAAGCUAUUCUUGGUAAUUUUCUCAAAUCAUCUGUCCAGAUUUAUGCCUUUCCUCCCUCUUUAAACUCUUUUGAAAGGCGCUUGAUCCAUGAAAUUUGUGACGAACUUGGCCUAAAGCACGAGAGUAAAGGUGAAGGUAAAGAGCGACAUAUUAUUGUGCAGAGGAAGAGCGAGACCAUAUCAGAACAUCCUGAACAAGAGAACAAUGAAGCAGUUGAAGAGGAAACUAGUGGUCAAAGAAGAGAAUACAUUGCCAUUAUUGACAAUUUUCUCAAGUCUUCCCAGGAAACUUACAACUUUUCUUCCAAGAUAAAUUCUUUUGAAAGGGGUUUGAUUCAUGAGAUAUGUGAGGAGUUUGACUUGCAGCAUGAGAGUCAGGGUGAAGGUAAGAAACGACAUGUUGUUGUGCAGAAGAAAAAUAUAAAGGUAAAACAGCAUAUCGGUAAAGAAAAUGAUGAGACACUAGCCACAGAAAAAAAGGAGGAAAAAGCUAAUGGGAAAUUAGGAACAGAGGAAAGUGAAAUCAGUAAAGAAAGUAGCGUUCAAAAUGGUGCCAUACCAAAAACUAAAGUAUUAGAUGGCAACAAUACAAAAGUUCGUACGCGUUUUGUGGGAGGGAAAUAUGAAGAAGUAAUUGUCCCAGUCUGUAAUGAUAAAAACACUUCUAACAGUGGCAAUAAAGAAAAUGAACUAAAGAAUAUAGCUGGCUCCAUGAAAAAACAUUGUUGUAGUUGUGGGAAGGACAUCUUACAGCAGAACUACAGCAUCCAUAGUGCACAAUGUGAGAAGAAUAUGAAAGCCACUCACAAAGAGAAAACCAACAAGAGUACGCAAAAGAGUACAAAAAAGAAGAAUCCAAAGGAAAAAAUCAGCCGUGAAAAUGAUGAUGGAGAGGAGGAUUUUGAUAGCAUUAUUGAACAGUUUACAAAGGAGAACAACACCUGCUCCCAUACGCAAUGUAAGUCGCCCACAACUGUGAUAUUUCAACUUUGUCCCUUUUGCCGCAACACAUUUUGUUUGACACAUCACAUGGCGGAGGUGCAUGGAUGUGGUGAUCUGGCUCGUCAACAUGCCAGGAUGAUGAUAACAAAGGAGGGAGUUUUAUACCCUGGCAGUGGCGUACCAUCCAAGAAACCUCGUGAAGUCCAGCGUAAACAAAUGGAAAAGAAAUUGGAGAAAAAGAUGGAAGAUUUUUCUAAGCAAAGACAAGCUAAAAAAAAUGGUAAAAAUGCAGGCAAAGAUGCAAAAUGACACCUCUGUGUAGCUUUUAUGCAAAAGGCAAGCUAAAAUUAGCUGUCAAGUGUAUAGGUGACCACGAGCGCUCGCCAUUAUAACAAGCUGUCCCCUUAUUUCCCUCCCCCUGCACUGCCAGGAAAGUUUCUAGAGGCUCAAUAUAUAGUUUUGUUUUUGUUUUUUACUUAUUUUUUAUUGUUUUAUCCUUUAAAAUGGUUAAAAAUUAUAUUAAAAAAAAUUCUCGAUUUACCCCGGAGUGGGGAGUACUGCCAGGGGCACCCUAACCUGGGGCUUAAGGGUUAAUGUUUUAUAUCUUAUUCUUUGGUGUAAAUAUUUUCAGAGUAUAAAUGACGAUUAAUUUUCUUAUAAAUACUAGGGGAAAUGCAGUAACGAUAAACAUUUAUUUAAUCCUACAGCCUCUAAAGCUUAAAGCUUUGUUUUAUGAAUGUUUCCCCCCUAUGUCAUCGAGGUGGUGAAUAUGGAAAAUAUUUGUUUACAUAUUCAGUAAAGACAUGGCUUAAAUGUGGUUAGUAUGAAUAUUAUUAAUUCAUAUUUUUUUAUUCAAUACUCAAUUCAGCUAAACACAAUUAAUGUAUACCUUUUUCAUUUUUACAUUUGAUUUUAACUCCAUAAAGUAUUCCCAAUUGUUCCUGAGCAAUAAUCUCAUGUCAAAUUAUUUUGAUUCAAAAUACAGUACAGUAUACCAACAUUUUCAGUACAUGUGUUUUCCUAAAAUGCAGUAUUCUUAUCAAAACUUGCUCCAGCAUUUAUUAAAUAUUUCUUACAAUAUCAUAAAAUUGUAUCCUACCUCAAAAAAUAAUAAAAGCAAAUCAUGUACAGUAGUUGCCAGAAACCAUUUUCUGAUUGAAAAGUUUUGUAAAUUGUGACAUCAUUCAUUUGGGCGAUUGUAGAUGUAUUUCAAUGGUUUAUUAUGAAAGAGAAUAUAAUGUCUUUUCUUUUUUGUCAUACAUAUACCUGUAGUCAUUUACCAAUGUAGUUUGCUUUGAUGCCUGCAGCAAAGAAAAAAUCUUUAAACAUAACAGUAAAAAAAUUUGUAACAAUUUCCAUAAUAGGAGUCACUUGCCAUAGACAAGGACCAUACCUUUAACGACAAAUAUCUUUGUUAUUCAGAGCAGAAGUUCCUCUAACUUGGAUUGUGUGAUGACUUAAUUAGUCUGACAGUAUUUUACUUGUAUCGAGUCCAUCAUAGCCGAGAGAUUAGUUCUUAUUACGCAAAUACAAUAUAGCCUUGGUGCAAUAAGAUAAA